AUGGCUUCCAAGGCGGUGAGGAAGGCAAUCUAUCACCAAAAGCUGCGCAACCACCUCAAAGACCACACGCAAAUUGUCAUCGUCGGAGCCGAUAAUCUGCGUGCCAACCAGAUUCAAGUUAUAAGGCAAGGAUUGAGAGGCGUCUCGGAGGUUGUGAUGGGUAAGAAUACCUUGAUGAGACGCUCAAUCGCCAUUCAUGCUCCGGCGACCGGAAACACAGCUUUCCUGGGCCUGAUUUCUCAUAUUGUGGGGAAAGUUGGGUUGGUUUUUAGUGCAGGCGAUCCCAACGAAGUCAGUGAAGCUGUUGCUGGAUACAAUCUGCAACCAUUGUUGUGUUCAUCGAUGGAUAUUGGAAUCUGUUCUCAUUGGCAAUGGCUCCUGAGUUCCCAUUUAGAUUUAGUGAGCAAAUCAAGUAAUGUUUGA